AUGAGUCGUAAUAGGGAUGAGGUGCGUAAACUUUCCCAGAAAGAUGGGAACCGCUUCUGCAUGAACUGUAGGAUGAGGGGGCCUGUGUACGUAGUCCUGGACUUUGGAACCUUUGUUUGUUCAGCGUGUGCAUCAUUGCACCGAAACAAGCAACAUAAAGUAAAAGGUAUCACCAUGACGGAGUUCACAGACGAGGAGGUGGCGCGGCUGAAGGUAUGUGGAAAUGACAGGGCUGAAAGUGUGUGGUUACAUGGUUUUAAGGGGGAGAGACCCCCGGUUGGGAAUGAUUUUGCGCUGCAACAAUUUUUCUCUCGCGUUUAUGUAGCUAAGGAGUUCGCUAGCUCCGCCGAAUAUGAUAAGCUACAAGUCGACUUGCUUAAUUUGCGGGGCGGUGGGGGGGCCACUGCGUCUUCGGCGCCCUCAACGGUGUCAGUUACCGCGAAGGGGUCAGCGACAGCCCCACAACCGUCACCAGUUGGGCCACCCGUCGACAUUUUUGAUGUAAUCACUGCCCCACCGCCCCGACAGCAGAAUACUAACGCAUCGGCCACGGAGGAUGACAUGUUUUCGGAUUUUACUACUGCCCCGCCCCCUGCACAAACUGGCGCAACCAGUGGGGCCAUACAAUCGGUUCCACUCACUGCCGCUGAUCUGUUUGCUUCCGUUCCUCAACCUACCCCGCAGGCCAACGUACCAUUUCCCGGCAUGUCGGGCACUGCCGGUGGACAAUUCCCUCCAGGAAUGGCGUUGGGUGGAGUUGGAGGUGCUGGAAUUCCCCAAGUACCGCAAGUGCAUCCACAGUACAUGUCCUUUCCCCCCAAUUUUGCCACCCCGAACUGCGGUGGUAUGCCGGAUGCCCCAUUUGCUUCGAUUCCUGGCGCUGGACCUUUCCAAUCGUACGGGCCCCGCGGGGCGAUGCCGGCGCAUAUGGAGAGUAAUGAGGGCUUCCACCCAGCGGCAUCAAGUAAUCAGUUCCCAAACCUCGCUCCCGCUCACACCACGUUGACCAGCAGUCAGAACGAUGCUUUUGCUUCUCUAAAUCCUUUUGGUAAGAAGCACUAA